GCACGCGCCCUUUGCAUCUUUGAAGCUCAUCAGAUUCAACCCUGGAACAAAUCAGUGAACACACAGGUCAAAGGUGAAGGAUGUGCAGAACCAUGAGAGCGCCACGCCUCCCUGUCCUGUCGGUGCUCCUCGUCCUUCUGCUGACCGCUACACGCUGCAAUCCAGCCACCCUGCCGCCCCCUGACCCCGAGCACACGGAGGCUCGUGGUGUCCCGCAGCAGGAGGCAAAAGGUGUCCCGCACAUAGGGGCAACAGGCGUUCCACAGCCAGAGCCGCAAGGUAUCCCACAGUUGGAGGCAAAAGGUGUCCCACAGCCAGAGCCACGAGAUGUCCCGCAGCCAGAGGCAAGAGGUGUCAUGCAGCCAGAGGCAAGCCGCAUCCCACUGCCAGAGAUACACAGCAUUCUGCAGUCUGAGCCACGAGGUGUCCCGCCGCCAGAGCCACGAGGUGUCCCGCCGCCAGAGCCACGAGGUGUCCCGCCGCCAGAGCCACGAGGUGUCACACUGCCGGAGCCACGAGGUGUCACACUGCCGGAGCCACGAGGUGUCACACUGCCAGAGCCACGAGGUGUCCUGCAGCCAGAGCUGCAAGGUGUCCUGGAGCCAGAGGGAGCUUGCACCGUACCGCAGCUGAAGCCACCAGGUGGCGUCCCACAGCCAGAGACACAAGGCGGUGUCCUGCAGCUGGAGGGAAGAGGUGUUCUGCAGCCAGAGCCAAGCACCUUGAGGUCGAGGACGGAGACACCGGCCACUGUGAUUGGUCGGACUGUGGAAACACCGCAGAAACAAGAGAAUAAGUCCCACAUAGUGGAGGUCUUUCCCAGAGAUCUGCGGCACAAGGAGAAGUUCCUCCAGCACCUGACAGGUCCUCUCUACUUCAACCCAAAGUGCAGAAAACAUUUCUAUAGACUGUACCACAACACCAGGGACUGUACGAUACCUGCCU